GUCAAAAAGUGACAACAAAAAGAACAAUGGCGUUGACAUUUGUUUAAAUUGUUUGUUUUCUUUUUAUGUAAUAGCUUUCGAAAUUGAAUAAUUCUAAUUCUCCAUCGUGGAAAAAUGUCAAGAGCGAAAUCACGCCAAAGCACAGACAUCUGUGCAGAUUGCAGCUCAUUGGAUCCUUCUUGGGCCUCCGUAAAUAAAGGAAUAUUUUUGUGCAUCGAAUGUUGCAGUAUUCACCGUAGUUUAGGUAGACACAUCUCUCAAGUGAAGUCGAUACAAAAAAGUCACUGGAGUCCUUCACAAUUAUCCAUGGUACAAACUUUAAACAACUUAGGUAUUAAUAAUGUAUGGGAGUACAUGUUAGAAACUAAUUCCAAAUUUGCAAAACGUAAACCUAAUCCCAAAGAUAGUUUGCACACAAAGGCGGAAUUUAUCCGAGCCAAACAUCAACAGUGUGCAUUUGUCGCAAGGCAUACCACCGAAGACGGAUUGUUGUGUGUCGAAAAUGAACUCGGCAAGGAGCUUCACGCUAAUGUUAGAAGUUCAAAUUUAGAAACGUCUCUACGGUUAUUAAUACAAGGCGCCGAUCCCAACUACUUCCACGACGAGAAGGGGUCUACUCCUUUACACGUGGCAGCUAAGGCGAAUCAGCUAAUGCAGUCGGAGUUAUUAAUUACGUACGGCGCAGAUCCAACUUGCCCGGACAGGCAAGGAAAAACCCCAAUCGACUAUGCCAAACAGCAAAUUGUACAGGACUUGGCGAAUAGAUUGAUCGAAUGCCAAUACGAUGUCACCGACAAAUUCAGUUACUACCUCUGCCACCGUAAGCCGGAUCACGAGAAGGGCGUUCACUUUCUAAUUCCACAGGCCAGCACGAAAUGUGACCAGCAGGCCAUGUCAAAAUUGAGAAAGUUGUCAAAUAGUUCAUUUGAAGAGCUCGUCAUGGAUGUAUAUGAUGAGGUCGAAAGAAGAGAAACGGAAGCAAUUUGGUUGAGCAGCGCCGACACGGUCGAAUUAAAUCCGAAUGCUGUACCAUUUCUUCCUGUCGAUCCGUCGUUGUCGACAACCCGAAAUCAAGGACGACAAAAGCUGGGUCGUUUCACGACGCCCGAACUGAAGGGCUUAGUUUACGAUAUCCUACUUGAUACGCAGAGGCGACAGCAGAGUGCUGAUAAGGGUUCCUUCACGACCUCGUCUAGACAAUUUUCGCAGGUUUCCGAUGACGAGCCGCUGUACGAUUCGGUCGCGUCCGACGAGGAUUACGCUCACGUAAAUUUGGACGAGGAUAAAAAAGGCGGCGACGGGGACGCGGAAACUACGAGGCUGUACUCGCUUGCCAAGAAGCUUCAAGAUUCAGACAGCACAAUAUCCGAUCUUAAAGCUGAAGUUAGUACGCUUAAAACAUUAGUGGAUCAUUUAAGUUGUGAAAAUCAAGAAUUAAAGGCGCGACUGUCAAAUACGGAUUCAUUUCAAUCGCGGAAAUUAAAUGGUGACUCGCAGUCACUGGAAGGAUUUCUUAUUGGCAAUUCGAGAGAGAGUGAAAACAUUACUAUCGUCAACGGGCAAGUUGGCGAGGCAGAUUUCAGGCAGCAUCGCAGAGGGCAGCGACCGUCGAGCAUGUACGAGACACGCGAAGGACUCAAAACACCUAACUGGCAGGUUUUAAAAAAUCAGGUUAAGCAGAAUGAGCACUCGCGGGGGACUACGCACAGUAUGUAUGCAGGUCCGAAAAAUCAGACGUUAAUGGUGUGCACAGAGAAUGUAACGAAAGGAAUACAGCAAUUGUGGUUGUGUAUUCAGGGGCCUAAUCGAGAGGACUGCUUAAGGUGUGCCGAUGAAAUUAAGCACGCCGUAACUCAGUUGACAGCAGCAGUUUCUAUGGUGAACGAUGGGGAAGUUACCAGACGAUUGCUGGACAGCGUCGCUCGAUUGAUGAACGAAUGCACUUCAUUGCAACUCUGCAGUAAGAAUGGUGAUACUCAAAAGGUUGAAUAUUAUUUACACCAAGUCCGUCUAUGCGCUUACGAAAUAGCAAAAGACACAAAGGUUUUAGUAACGCAAUAUUCUGCUCAUUGACUUUCUUUGAUGCUUUUUUUACACUUUUGUGCAAUAAUAAUGUGGUAUUUUUGAUUCAAGAAAGGGAAAUUUUUACCACUUGUUACUUUGAGCAAUAAUAUUAAGACAGACUUUUUAUCUCUCGACCUAGGUGGAAUUAAUCUUUUUCAAAUUGACUAUUUAAUUGUUGCAAUACUUGAAUAAUUUG